AUGGGGUAUAGUACUGCAUUAAUAAAUACAGUAACUCACAUAAAGAAAUCAAAAAUUAUUCUUUUCGGAUUUAGGAUAUUAUGGAUAACUUCUAUAAUUGCAUAUAUGAUAAUUUUGAAAGUAACAUCAGAUCAUCAUUUAUUAGUAGGCCAAGUAGAAGAAGAAUUAUACAAAAUAAGUAAUAAACAACUCUUAAAAGAUGAUAAGAUAUUUCAUAAUUACAACAAAUCAUUUAAUAUAAUAAAUUUUAUAUGUGGAUCUUUUCUUAUUUUUUCGUGCUUAGUUAAUAUUUUAUUUAGCAUCAAUAUAAGAAUAAAAAAUAUAAAAUUAAGUAAUUAUAAAAAAAUUGUAAGAAUAAUAAAUUUAAAUUUACAAGUAUUAAUUAUUUCUUUAAUAUUUAUGGAAAAUUUUGAUAAUCAAGUAUUCUUUUGUAAUUUAAAAGAAUAUUUAUAUUGGUUCCAAAAUUAUAAUAAUAAAAUUAAUUUAUUUGUAAAUUCAGGAAAUAAUUUAUGUAUAAUGCACAAAUAUGCUAAUUUUUUUUCUUUAAGUUUUUUAAUAUUUUCAUUAAUUGAGUUUUUUACAUUAUAUAUUAACACAGAAAAACCUUUUCGAAAAAAAUUUUUUAUAUUCUACAUUAAAAUAUCAACAGCAUUUAUUUCUUUGGCCCUUUUUUAUUUUUAUUUAAAAAACAAGUAUUUUUUUAAUAAUGUACUUUCAAAAUAUAAUAUUUUUAGCUUAGAAAAUUUUAAUGAAAGUAUUAAAGUAAUAAUACUUUCUACUCAAAAACAAAAAACAUAUUAUUUUCAACUACUUAUUUUUAGUACAUUUUUCUCUGGGAUUUUUUUUUUGGCAUCUGGGUUAUAUGAUUUAUGCUCCAUAUUAAAAUCGUGUAAAUUUUUCCUUUUAGUAAGUGUAUUGAUAAGCGUAUGUGCCUUUAUUAUUAUAUUAAGUCAAUUACUUUUUUCAACUUAUAUACUUGAAGAAAGUUUUUUUUUUUGUUCUUAUAAAGAGUAUGUAGAAUCCAACAAAAACCUUGAAGAGAAAUCUUUGAGUACAUUGGGUGCAACUUCAGAUAUUACAGAAACUAAUUGGUUUUGCAAUUUGAAGAGUUUUCUAUUUAUAUAUUUUGUAAAUAUUAUUACAGGUUUAAUAUUUUUUAUUGUGGAUUUUUUUGUUUCAGUUUAUCUGGUAUUUUCAAAGAAGUACACUGCAAAAUAUACAUAA